GGUCGGUGCGGCGCUGACAUGCGCAGUGCGCGGAUGCUGUUCGGUCGAUGUGUGUGUCCGUCCGCUGAUUUCAUCUCACACACGCGCUCCUCUCCUCCAUCCUGUAGGAUCUUCCUCCGGAGCGGCGGCGGGGUUUUACGUGUUAUCAACACCUCAACAAAAAAACGGACUGAUUCUCCCUGUGAAGUCGGCAAUAACCAUCCAGAAAUCUCCUUCAGCUGAAAGUAGAACGCCCGGAUCUGAUAGAGCUUAAUAUAACCGGAGACCAAACACGAGAGCCGCAAUGCAUUCAGAGAACCCAGCUUUUGGACUCCAAAGGAUGUCAAAGCCAAUAAGACGCCAGUAAAACUUACAAAGCCAGAAACGCCACAAUCAUCUACUGUAGAUACAGAAUGGAAGAUCUGCCUUCUUGACGAGUCAUGAUGCAUAAAUAUCCACGGUGUAUUGAUGUACCUACAUAGACACAACCGCUUCUUUUGACCUUCCACAUUUGGACGGCCAACUUUAAGAGCUCUACUUUAACUGGCAGACCCAACAUGCCCGGCGUCCAUCGGUUGUGACUGGAGUUUGGCGGCAGCAUGCGUCCAUGGGCAGGCUCCUGGCGCUGGAUAGCGCUGGUCCUGCUGGCCUGGGGGACGUUGCUCUUUUAUAUCGGGGGACAUCUGGUGAGAGACAACGAAGAUGCGCCGCGCUCCAGCCGUGAGCUGGCGAAGAUCCUCACCAAGCUGGAGCGACUGAAACAGCAGAAUGAAGACCUGCGGCGCAUGGCUCAGUCACUACGGAUUCCGGAGGGACAGUCGGAUGGGCCAAUAUCAUCAGGAAGACUGCGGUCUCUUGAGGAACAGCUAAGCCGAGCCAAACAGAAGAUCCACAGCUUUCAGAGAUUAUCUGGAGACGUUGGUCCGGGUCGAGAACAGGAGGAACUGCGGAGGAAGGUGGAGAACGGAGUGAAAGAGCUGUGGUAUUUUAUUCGCAGCGAGAUACAGAAGCUGAGGCACGUCGAGCCGUCAGACAGACAGAAACACACUGAGACGCUGCUGCAGGACCUCGGUCAUCAACAGAGAACCAUCAUGACGGACCUGCAGGAUCUCAGUCAGGCGGACGGAGCAGGAGACUGGAGAGAGAAGGAGGCCAGAGAUCUUUCCAGCCUGGUGCAGAACAGGAUCUCCUUCCUGCAGAACCCGCAGGACUGCAGUAAAGCUCGUAAGCUGGUGUGUAACAUCAAUAAGGGCUGUGGAUACGGCUGUCAGCUCCAUCACGUGGUUUACUGCUUCAUGAUCGCUUACGGCACGCAGAGAGUCCUGAUCCUCGAGUCCCACAACUGGCGUUACGCUCCUAAAGGCUGGGAGACGGUCUUCCGGCCCGUCAGCGACACCUGCACGGAUCGAUCCGGAGCCACGACCGGACACUGGUCAGGUGAGGCUCACGACCGGGACGUUCAGGUGGUGGAGCUGCCCAUCGUGGACAGUCUUCACCCCAGACCUCCGUACCUCCCGCUCGCUAUCCCAGAAGACCUCGCCCCCCGACUGCAGCGUCUCCAUGGCGACCCCUCCGUCUGGUGGGUGUCUCAGUUCGUCAAGUACCUGGUCCGUCCUCAGGCCUGGCUGGAGAAGGAGAUCCAGGAGACCUGUGUCAAACUGGGCUUUAAACACCCCAUCAUUGGCGUCCAUGUCAGACGGACAGAUAAAGUUGGGACGGAGGCUGCAUUUCACCCCAUAGAGGAGUACAUGGUCCAUGUGGAGGAACAAUUCCAGUACAUGGCUCAACGUGGCCACGUGGAUAAAAAACGAGUGUAUUUGGCCACCGACGACCCCUCACUGUUACAGGAGGCAAAAAUCAAGUACACAGACUAUGAGUUCAUCAGUGAUAACUCCAUCUCUUGGUCAGCGAGUUUACAUAACCGAUACACCGAGAAUUCACUCAGAGGCGUCAUCCUGGACAUCCACUUCCUGUCCCAGACUGACUUCCUGGUUUGCACCUUCUCCUCACAGGUGUGUCGUGUGGCAUAUGAGAUCAUGCAGACUCUUCAUCCGGACGCCUCGGCUUUCUUCCGCUCUUUGGACGACAUCUACUACUUCGGUGGACAGAAUGCGCACAACCAAAUCGCCAUCUACCCGCACCAGGCGCGCAAGGCGGAGGACAUCCCACUGGAGCCCGGAGACGUCAUCGGAGUGGCCGGAAACCACUGGGACGGCUACUCUAAAGGGGUCAACCGCAAACUGGGACGCACCGGCCUCUAUCCGUCCUAUAAAGUCAAGGAGAAGGUCGAGACGGUGAAGUAUCCCACUUACCCCGAAGCAGACAAGCUGCUGAGCUUAUAGAACAACACAUUAAUAAUUAACGCGUGGACGGCUGAACUUGCCAUGCACUGGAUAACAGACACUCAAAGACAUGUAUGCGUGUGUGUAUUUAUAGGAUGGAUGCACCUUUUAGGUUUGCAAAAGGAUCUCAUAAACUGCUGUGGACAUCAAGAGCCUUUUAAACCGCACUCAGAUCAGCAGAAGCAAAUGAUAAAAACAUUUUUUUAAAUUGUUUUCAUGUUUUUUUUAAAUAUUCUCCUGCCUUUUUUGUCACUUUCUCUGUCCUCAAACUGGAGUGAAUCUCACAGAGGUCACAUUUCACCCACAAAAUCAACCGAAAAAGUAAGAAAUUAUAUUUUGCAUUAGGAAAACGAAGCCUAUUUGAAUAUUUUGCAUUGACAUUUAUUUUCAUGAAGUACAAAAAAGGUCUGGACUCUAAAAGAAUAUUUAUUAAUUUAAAG